UAACAAAUGCAGCAGCUGAUUUUCUGUAAAAUGAAUUUAAUUGAUUUUAUCUAAGACGACCUGUGAUAAUUAUUAUUGUAAUGAAAUUGGUGAAAGGUUGAUUGUGUUAACAGAAUAAACCAAUAUUUAAGUGCUUUUUUUAUACCAGAAUAAUGUCUUGUUCAAUGAGCUCGUUCAACGGUAUCAUCGCUGAAAUCCCAGGGAUAGCUGUCGACAACUUCGAGAGGUGUGACCGGACUGCGUACUUCUUGAGCCAUUGUCACACCGACCACACUCAAGGGCUGUCCAGUCCGCAACUGAUUAAACAUUUGGAAGAGAACGAAGUGAAGAUAUACAUGUCAGACGUUACUGCUGGGAUUAUUGGUGCUAUUCCUUGCUACGAUGGCGUUAAGAAGUUUAUUAAGACUUUAAAAUUAGGUUCUAAAACCCACGUAAAACUCCCAUCACAAUACGAAGACUAUUAUCUAUGCGAAGUGACUCUGAUACCAGCUGGCCACUGCUUCGGCUCAGUCAUGUUUUUAUUCCAAACCCCGUUCACGACUGUACUAUUCACCGGUGACUUCCGUACAAAUUCCAACGAUGUGUCCAAGCUUGGCCAACUUCAUAAAGACGGUGAACCUAUAAAAAUUGAUAAAAUGUAUGUGGAUACAACAUUUAUGGAUAAAAUGUAUGAGAAUUUUCCCAAAAGGAGUGAGACGGUGGAAAAUGCAGUUGCAGAAAUUAAGGCAUGGCUGGAUGGAGAUGAAGAGAAUGCAGUAGCGUUGCAUCCGUCUGCUAGAUUUGGAUACGAAUAUUUAUUUAAUGAGAUAUACAGCCGGCUGGGGGUUAAAGUGUAUGUAGCGGAGAGAGAUUGGGCUAUAUACAGCGACUUCCCAGAGGCAAUUCCAAGCGUCACAAACAAGUACGACACACGAAUCCACAAAUGCAGCAACCGUUCAGAGAAAUACCCUCACCGAAACUGUGUCCAUGAUAUCAUUACAACAAAAUAUUUGUUCGUUCACCUCUCCGCUAUGAAAUGGGACAACAUCAACAUAGAACAACGUUCAAACAGCAGGCUAUCGGACAAAAGGUUAGAUGUAUGUUUUUCAACGCAUUGCAGCCGAAGCGAGAUUAUAAAUUUUGUCACAUAUUUCUCUCCGAGCAGUGUAGUUGGGUUUCCUAAUAAGUAUGAAGUGGAUAAAAUUGAAGAUAAUAAUGUGAGGGUAGUUUUUAAAGCGAGUAAAAGGAAGAUUAGCUGUAUGGGAGGGAGACGAGACGAGAGAAGAAGAUUGUAAGGUAGUCGGAAAUUUGAGGCCAAGUUUAUGCAUACGACCAUAUCGAACUAACUGCGCACCUCGUUGGAAUCAUUCGUCCGUACCAGAGCGGCGAUGUGACGUCACGGCCGCCGGGUGCGCAGUUAACGCAGCCGCGUUGUACGAAACUUAUUAAUUAGUGCAAAAAACAGAUAUUUUUCGAAACUUUAAUAUUUUUUCUUCCAAUAAGAUUUUUUUUUUGCAAUUGGCUCUUUGUUUUUGAUGAUUUUUUGUUUGUUUUUAUGAGCUAACUUUUUUAACUAAUUAAAAAUACAUAAAAUGAUGCAGGGACAUUCACAUGAACAGGGGAUUCUCGUAAGUUAUUUUUGUAUGAGUUUUCGAUUUUAUUUAAUUAAGUUUUAAGUUAUAAAUUAUGCAAUUUAAAAUUUUAUUGUGCUAAUGAAAUAGUCUAAAUUUGAUUUUGACUGAAUUAAUGAUACCUUUCGUUCCUUGAUUUUAUUAAAUUUUAAUCUCCUCUAUGAAAUUCAUUAAUUUAUGGUUAACUGGAGGAAAAUGCCAUUUGGCAUUAAGUUUGCCUUUAAUGUACUAUGAUUAACUAGCGGCCGCCCGCGACUUCAUACGCGUGGAACCCGUUUUACCCCCUUAGGGGUGGAGUUUCGUAAAAUCCGUUCUAAAAG